AUGCACCGGAGCACCACCCAGCGCCGCGGCGCCCGCCGGGCUGCCGCCAAGCUCGACCGCCUCAGCGCCCUUCCGGACGAGCUCCUGCAUUACAUCAUGUCAUUCUUGAAGGCGUGGGAGGUCAUCCGCACCUGCGUGCUCGCGCGGCAGUGGCGCCAUCUCUGGGCGUCCGUGCCCUGCGUCGAUCUCCGCGUGCGCCCCUCCACUGGCCGCUACGGCGACCCGCCUGAGAAGUUCCGCGACUUCGUACACCGGCUCUUCCUCCUCCGGGACGAAUCAGCGCCCGUGAUCAUGCUCCGCCUGCGGUCGAGUGACGAAGAAGCGGGCUUCACCGAUGACGACGCCAGCGCGUGGAUGAGGGCCGCCAUCAAGCGCAACGCGCGGGUUAUCCAUCUCACCGGGCGUUGCUCGGAGAUCGCGUCGUUGGACCGCGUGUCGUUCAUCUCUUGCCACCUCAAGGUCUUGAAGCUGUCGCAUGCCAUGCUCGACUACAAGAUCCUCGGGCAGCUUUCUUCUAGUUGCACGUCUUUGGAAGUACUACGUCUGAAGGAUUGCUUGGUGGCUGGCCCUAGGAUUGUGUCUGCCUCUUUGAAGAGGUUAAUCAUGCUCGAAUGCGAGAUCAGUUGCGCCUUCUCCAUUGCUGCUCCGAACCUCCUACUUCUGCACCUCAUCACACCUUACGUCCGAGUCCCAUCAUUCAAGAAUUUGGGGUCACUUGUCACAGCUACUAUCAUACUUGAUGACUCUUUCUUGGGUGAUGACAAUGAAUGCAUCAGUGAUGAAGAUUAUUGUGAUGGAACUACUGAUGACGACGGGGAUGAUAGCGACAAUAAUGAUUGGACAGAGAGCUCGAGGAUUCAUGAUGAGUCUUCCUUGAGUAAUGAUGUUGGAUAUGAUGAUUUUAUAAGGUUUGGAUAUGGACAUGGUUUUGCUGAAGGAAUUUAUAGGCAUGGUCGUUACAAGGAUAAUUAUGACUAUGGUGGUGAUAUCAACAGCGAUGACAAUACCUAUGCAUACAGUGAGAUUGCAAAUGAUGCAGAGUAUGGCUACAAAGGUAAAGGCCUGAUUUCCAGUAAAGAUAGUAUCUAA